AUUGUCAGUGAUCACAGUUGUGUUUAGACAGACCAGAACAGAUCAGCUUAAUGGUGGUUAGGAUCGAUUUUAUCUGUAAUUUUUAACCAUUUUAACCUUUUAACUAUAGUAAAUUGUCUAAAAUUAAUAAAUGUCUUAUGUGUAAAUUAUAUGUAAUUAAUUUAAAUUGUUUUAAUACACAAAAAUAAUAACACAAAUAUAAACAUGGACGAACCGGCAUUGGCCCUUCAACUUGGAAUGGAAGAAGAAAUAGUGGUUUUAAAAUUAAGAGGUGUACCAUUUAAAGUAAAUAAGACAAAACUUUCAAAUGAAAGUCUUUAUUUUAAUAGACUUUUUGCCGGAAAUUAUCGGGACAGUACUAAGAAGGAAUUCGACAUAGAAUAUAGAGUGAAUCUCGAGACUUUCAAGACUUUCGUCGAUUGGUUGGACGAUGAGGAUCUUAUUGAUGAUAUUUGGGGCCACUAUUAUAAUAGGGUUAUUUCAAAAUAUGUUCACAGAUGUUAUAGAGAACUUUUAGAACUUUUCCGAUUCGCAUCGUUUUAUGCUGUGGACAAUCUUUUAGACAGUUUAACAUAUAUCAUUAUACAUAAGUGGCUUCAACGUGAUAAUUUGAUUGAAUUAUGGUUACUGGCCGAGGAAUUAAAUCAAACAAAUUUAAAACAAGUUGUAUUUGCCACGUGUUUAGAUAUUUUUGAACAUUUACCUGAAGAUGCUGUCAUUAGUUUGCCGAAAGAAAAUUUUUAUUUACUUGUCAAUAAUGCUAAUUUAAGAUCGUCAGAGGCUCAUCGACAAGCGAUUUUAAAUGAAUGGGCUAAACGAAAUGAGAGGAAAGUUGAAGAAGACUCUGAAAGUUCAGAGGACAGUUCACAGAGUGAUAAAUCUUGCGCAUGUAAAGCCAGAGUUUUGAGUUGUGUAACCGGCUUUAGAGCGAAUUCCAAUGGCCUUGAAGAAGCUACUGUCUUUGCAUGGGAUGGGCAUCGUCUCGAGGAACUUGCGAAAAUGGUUGACGGAUAUAAAAUUUAUACUCAAAAUGGAACGCAGAUUGUUGGCAGAGGUUACAGUAUUUAUAUUGUUGGCGGUGAAAAAUUUUUGGGCCAUGGCACAUUCAACUUUUAUAUCACGCGAUUCUGUCUAAUCACAAAAAAAUGGUACCGAGUAGAAAGAUUACUGGAAGAAAGGCGACAUAUGGUCGCUACGUUUGUUGGUAACAAAUUGGUUCUUAUCGGUGGCGUGGGAAAAUUUCGUAUAAAAUUGACGUCUGUUCACAUUUUAGACAUUCAUGCAGGAGUUUGGACGAAAGGAAAGGAUGCACCUUUUACGUUUACAGAUAUACCUCCCUUUUGUGUUGUCAGUAGUAGAAUUGUAAUUGCAGUAAAUGGAAUUCACAGCUAUGACGUUAAAAAAAAUGAUUGGACUGUCAUUAUUGCUGCAAACAGCUGCCAACUUGCAAUUAGAAACAUAUUAUUCCAUGAAGCCAAAUUAUAUGCUUUCAUUCAAACUAAACGUGAUGAGUUAAUAAAAGUGAAAAUUUGCGUCAUUGAACGUAUCAGUGAAUUAAGUAAUUUUACAUUCGUCACCCAAGGAGAAAUACCCGUGGGAUCAAGCUUUAAUAUUUUAACGGUAGAUAACCAUUUUGUAUGGUUUAUUAAUAAUAAUGGGACGAUAGGAGUUCGAGUUGGUAAUUUAGAAUCCGGAUCUUACAAACCAUUAUUAAGUUAUGUCGAUCAGAGACACGCCAAAGUAUAUUUCAAGACAAAUGUAGGAUGCUUUCGAAUUCUGAAUCCAGAUAAAUUGUUUAUGUUGAGAGAUGAGGAAAGUUCAUGAGUGAGAAUAGAUUUUUCGGAAUUAAGGUGCAGUUGCAGUCUGGCAAGCAAAAUUAACCGCUUCACCUUCACUAACGGUUGCCGACUGUGGGAAUGUCGUGAACACUGGACUCUUGGGUUCCUCAUUGGGAACUAGAAAACCGAAAUCAAAAAAAAUUAUGUAAAAUUUUGUCCGAUUUUAGUUAAAUUUUUUUUUACUUUUUUUCUGACUUACCAAG